AUGAGGGUGUUUUCUGACGUCGUUCAAACUCCUCGAAAUAGCAACAUUUUGGAAGGUGACGUCGAGAUAGACACAGUGGAAGACUUGACGUUGACUGGUGUGGAAAAGACCGAACGCAAUAUACCCACACCGAUGAGUUCGCGUUUCAGUCACUGCUGCGAGCGCUGCACUCCACGCAAUCACCAAGGCAACCAGCACCACCGGGAAUCCACGUCACCGUCGGAAGAUUGGUUCCACAAUGACCUCGCCUCGCUCACGCUCGACUCGACUCCUGAGAGCGAGGAUGACCUUGAAUUGCCCUUCCUAGAUGAACCAGACGAUGCCGGAGAAAUUGCGGUGCUCACACCAGAAACGAACCAGGAUGAUGCGCUGACCUUGCCAGAACUCCUCUCGGCCACACCGGAGACAUCAAUUCGUCCACCCGACGACCCCUUUUCACCGUCCACUCCUUCCACCAUCACUACCACCACCUUCAAGAGAGUUCCCCCUCUCGGUAGACUUCGCCCGCUUAAACUUCGAACUGCCAUGAAAGGCAGCCUGUUGGGAAGACUCAGAGGACAGAAACUUGGCGCCAGUGACGAACAGAAGGCGCCAGUGGCGUUGAAUGCAUCAGGCACACCGCGCUUGACCCGACCCAAGCCCUCUGGAGACGCGGGAACUCGUGUGGCCCCCUCCACAACCGUUCUUCGACCCCUCAAGCGGUCCAAUUUGCUCGUUUCACGUUCUAAUUUAGACAAAGUAACCGGCGCAGCCAAUCUGAAGCCCCCGAAAACGCAGCUGUGA